UCGUUCAGUCGUCGGUUGCGCGUAUCAUGCAACACAUUGCUUUUGAUAUUGCACACAGUUUUAUUGAUUAUACAUAACAAAUCGAUUUACUAUAUAAUAUAGAAUAAAAUUGUAGUUUCUUUAUUGACAAUGUAUAUCUACGAGCCACCAACGAAAAACUCGUUUACCACUGUGGAAGAAUUCCAAGAGGCCUUCAAUCUCUUCGACAAUCGCGGUGAUGGUAAAAUCCAAUUGAGCCAAGUGGGUGAGUGCUUGCGUGCCCUCGGUCAAAACCCCACCGAAUCGGAUGUGAAGAAGUGCACACAUCAGCUGAAGCCCGAUGAACGUAUUAGCUUUGAAGUUUUUUUACCCAUCUAUCAGGCGAUUUCGAAAGCGCGUUCUGGUGACACUGCUGAUGAUUUCAUUGAAGGUCUGCGCCACUUCGACAAGGAUGCUAGCGGUUUCAUUUCAUCAGCUGAAUUGAGACAUUUAUUGACCACAUUGGGUGAGAAAUUGACCGAUGAAGAGGUCGAGCAACUAAUGACCAACCAAGAAGAUACACAGGGCAAUGUGAAUUAUGAAGAAUUUGUGCGUAUGGUCAUGAAUGGUUAAGUGAAAGUGUCGUUGAUAUAAUAGUGGCCUGCAUUUAAGUAAUUAAAAAUAAUAUAUAUAAAUAUAAUGAAAAAAAAGUUUAUAAUUCCCUUUACACACAUACCUGUUUCAAUAAUAAUUAAUUAAUUAAAAUUGCUUAUUAACAUGAAAUAAAAAUAAAUUAAAAACUAAAUAUUUAUGUGAAACCAAAAGUAUUCUGCGUGCAUAUGUACAUAUGUUGCCAAUUCGUGAAUUUUUUUUUUAUUGAAUUACCAUUUAUAUAUUCAUGUAUAUUUAAUUGUAUUGUUACUGAUGCGCAAUGUAGCUCUUCAAACUUGCAUCAAGGCAACAUUUGCAUAUCCCACUAUAACAACAAGAAUCGAACACCUAAAUUUGUAACGGCGUAUUAUUACUUAUGUAUGUAUGUUUAACAAUAAAAGAACAUUCAACUAAUUUUAUAAAAAAAA